AUGAUUGUAAAGUCGAAGUUAGCUCGGAUGGUAUCUGAUGAAAAUUGUGGAAGCUAUAAAAUAGAUGUAAGUCAGCAUGCAUCAUCAACACCACUUCCAACAUGCAUUAUCGCAGAUAGCGUCGUUAAUGGAGAAAUAUCAGUUACCAACACAAUGACAUUAGCGCCUGACAUGGAACCAGUUGGAGUUAGCAGCAAUUUUCAGAAUCUUGCAUCCAGUAAUAUGUCUACCAUCGAUAGUUUAUCAAAUGGAAUAAUCAAGUCAAACAUAACUUAUUCGGAUGAUAAUUGGGAAAUACCAUUUGAAACAAUAACUCAUUUGGAAUGGCUUGGUUCAGGAUCACAGGGGGCUGUAUUUAGUGGUCAAUUGAAUGAUCGUUUAGUUGCGGUGAAAAAAGUAAAAGAUAAAUCGGAAACGGAAAUUAAACAUUUACAGCAUCUUAAUCAUGAAAAUCUCAUCAAAUUCAUAGGCGUUUGUACUCAGUCACCGUGUUUUUGCAUAGUAAUGGAAUAUUGUGGUCAGGGACAACUUUAUGAAGUAAUUCGUGGUGGUCAUCACAUUGUAAAAGAUACAUUUGGUGAAUGGGCUCGUCAAAUUGCUGAUGGAAUGAAUUAUUUGCAUCAGAAACAUAUCAUACAUCGCGAUCUCAAAUCACCUAAUAUUUUGGUUGAUGACAGCGAUGUAUUAAAAAUUUGCGAUUUUGGUACAUCACAUCAAUGGGAUAAGGAAAAGAGUACGGUUAUGUCAUUUUGUGGUACUGCUGCUUGGAUGGCGCCUGAAAUUAUCAAGAAAGAACCAUGCUCCGAAAAAGUCGAUAUCUGGAGCUUUGGUGUUGUAUUAUGGGAAUUGCUGACACAAGAAAUUCCAUACAAAGAUGUCGAUUCAAUGGCAAUUAUUUGGGGUGUUGGAUCAAAUAAUUUGAGCCUACCAAUACCAGAUACCGCCCCCGAAGGAUUGAAAUUGCUGCUGAAACAGUGUUGGAGUAUCAAACCACAGAAUCGUCCUUCUUUCUCGCAAAUUUUAAAACAUAUCGCAGUUUUCAAGUCUGAAAUUGCAAAUAUUAGCGAUGAACAAUGGCUAGAAAAAAAGGCAGACUGGAAAGCGUACGUUAUUGAAUAUAUGAAAGGAAUCCGGCAAGAGAAACCGAUGGCGCAAAAGAAAGAUGCGCUUAACGAACGUGAAUUACUUCGAAUGAGACGUGAAGAAUUAAAACAUGCGCAAGAUAUUCGAGAAAUGUAUGAAGAUAAGCUAAGACGAGCGAGUAAAAUUUAUACAAAAUUGGAGCAAUGUCUUGAUGACUUGGCAGUUCGUGAACGGGAACUGUUUGAACGUGAACGACACAUUAGUGAACGUGAGAAAUAUGCUUAUAAUAUGCGUACCAAGAGUAAUAUUUUUCAAGCAAAAGGAACGUCCAGAAUUCUUAAAAAUACAGUCAUGCGUGUGCAACCUGAAUCAAGCGAUAUUGCAGGUGUGACAAAACAAAGCAAUAAUACUUCCGAUUCAAUCCAGGGCUUAUCAUAUGAAGAACAAGAUGAAAUAUCUUCGGAAGACGAAUACCGCUCUGAAUGCAUAUACCGCGAUUCAUCAGCAAGAUGUUCUGCUAGUAGUAUGACAACGAGUGGAGCUUUUCCAUCAUCUCAAUCAUUGACAUUUAGUCGACAAAGUUCCGGUCGCGGUUCAUCAGGAUACAAUCGAGAACCAAAUAAAACUUCACCUAAACGAAUGCUAACUUCAAGUUCAGAGCGUAAUUUCUCACGAGAUUCAUCGACUCGACUAUCUAAUUAUUUUCACAACAAUCAAUCUGGACUUGCUCGUGGAUCUUCCGCUCGAAAUUCCGGUAUUUCCGAGGCUUCUUGUGACUCCGGUUUCCAUAAUUUAUAUGACAUCGAUAUUUCAUCUGGAGCUUCAGCAAAUACAUUGGUGUAUGAAUGUAGUUUUUGUGGACAACCGAUCAUCCCAACGAAUUUUUAUCGAAAUGCAGAGGGACGUUGGUCGGAUGGGCAUUUGACAUUACGCAAAAGGAGAAAUAAGAAAAGUACGAUAAUUUCAUGUCGAGAUUCACUGCAACCAAUGACCCCCGUAUCUACAAAAGAGAGACGUUCAUCACAUACACGAUCACGUCAAUCACUGGCAGAAUUCACAUUGGUCAAUGAUAGAGCAACAAAAAAAACUUCGUCAUGCGAAAUAAACGAUAAAACAUCUGUUAAUUUACAAAAUAAAAUUAUCAGUUGCUCGACCAUAAAAAAAUCACAAGAAGCGGAAAUGGUUGUGAAUGAAGAAUGCAACACGACCAUUCUACCAUCAACAAGUUAUCAAGAGAUUGUAAAAGAGAAUCAUUUAUUGAUAUCAUCAAAUAAGCAGUUGGUAUGUGAUAACGAAAAGACACGUGGAAGGAAUGAUAAACCAAUGAAAGAAGCUUUUGAUGCUUCUGCAGAAGAAAGUUCUGAAGAGCGAGAUGAAAAUAAUGGGAAUAUUUUGGAUUCAUCGCUCGAUUCGCCAAUUACCUCUCAUGUAGUUUUUCGGAAAUUUAGAAAUCGACAGAGCGCAAAUGAUAGUGAAAGGUCAAGUUGUCUACUGAUUACUUCCUCUUCAACAAUGGAAUCAUCAUUGGAACGAAGUUUAGAAAUGGCUGCCAUACAUUCCGAUGGUCUUUCUGACAAAGAACGACAAGUUCGUGCUGUUAAAAAUACAAUCCGAACACAUCGUAGGACAGCAAGUACUCCGUUAUCGAUACCACCUGCGGUUUGUGAAACAAGUUCGGAGAGCGAUGCAGAAGAGGUCGUAUAUUGCUAG